CUUGACUACCAUCCUGGGAGUAGAUCAGCCAACCCUAAGCCGUGCCCAUGUAGCACGGAGGAACAGCUCAAGAAAAAACUUGCUCAUCAGCCGAAACUCUCCCAGCGAAGAACUGCCCUUCUGGUCGAAUUCCCUGAGCUAAUAACAACGCCGAUAUUUCCUGUCACUGGGACCUUGGAGCGUCAUGAACGCCCUUUCACAUGUAUUUUGGCUGUCAUAUUGGAUGCCGCGGUUGCGGAGGGAAUGCUAAAAGUAUGGUGGCGUGGGCCAAAGCUACAGGGAAUAUUUCGGCCCCUCCGCCAUUGUCUGCGUAGCCCGUAUCGUCUAGUAGGGGAGCAUUCGGCGGAAAGCCGGGCCGGUAGGAAAACGUCCAAGUUGCCGGAGCUCCAUUUCCUUCCGAUGUCAUCUCCACUGUCAUGCGAAGAUGCAGAAAGUUUGAUGUCCCAAUUGAAAUCCCUGAAGCCUUCGGAGAAUCGAACAGUCGAGACCUGCAACAUUUAUCUUCCAUAUGACGGUUUCGCCGUCAACGGCGUGCAGGGUUGUUGUCAGUGGAGUCCGGCACCUGAGCACCAUAUUUGUGCUGGCUAG